AAGUUUAAGAACAAAGACCAAAGGCUUGGCUUUUCUCUCCAAAAAGCUUUCACUCGAAGUCUCUCUUGUCUCCCUCAGUUUCUGUUUCGCUGUUGUUUUUAUGUUUUUCUAAAGCAGCCUUAUAACACUGCUGCAGAUUUCUGAUUUGGGUAUUUUCAACGUUUGAGAUUCUGUGUAGUUGUUUAUUGCAAAUUUGACCAAGAGUGGAGGUGGCCGGCGAUCAGUUUUCCGGUUACUGGGUUUUCAUUAGCUGAUUUUCAGCUGAAAGCUAUAGCUUGCAGAGUCUAGGCUUAAUCAUUGGGGUUCCUAUGGUUGAUGUGAAUUUCUGGGUCCGAUACUCAUAAAGAGGUGGUAGGUGGGUUAGAAAAAGGGGCAAAUUGACUGUUAGCUGAGAGGGAGAGAGAGCUAAAACGAAACCCUAGAAGAAAAGAGGAACUUUGUCUCUGAAAGAUGAAAUCUCGUUCAUCCUUUUCCUGUCUUUUGUCCUUUAGCUUUUGAUCUACAAUUGUCGUUACUAGUGCAUAUUAUUUAUACUUUCGAUUUCUAGUACUCAUGCCGGUCGAUUUAGAUAAUUCCUCUAUGGGUUCCGGGGAAGCAAGCGUUUCUUCCUCUGGCAACCAGCCUCCGCCACCCAAAUCCACCGCCACGGCCAAGAAAAAGAGGAACCUCCCUGGAAUGCCAGAUCCAGAUGCAGAGGUGAUCGCUCUUUCACCGAAAACCCUUUUGGCUACGAACCGAUUCGUGUGUGAAAUUUGCAAUAAAGGGUUUCAAAGAGACCAGAACUUGCAGCUUCAUCGCCGAGGCCAUAAUCUACCAUGGAAGCUGAGACAGAGAUCCAGCAAGGAAGUGAAGAAGAGAGUUUAUGUUUGUCCCGAGCCAACUUGUGUUCAUCACGAUCCUUCCAGAGCACUGGGCGAUCUCACGGGGAUAAAAAAGCACUUCUGCAGGAAACAUGGUGAGAAGAAAUGGAAAUGCGACAAGUGUUCGAAGAAAUACGCGGUUCAGUCUGACUGGAAAGCUCACUCGAAGAUUUGCGGCACACGAGAGUACAAAUGCGAUUGUGGAACUCUGUUUUCAAGGAGGGAUAGCUUCAUCACACACAGAGCCUUUUGUGAUGCUUUAGCAGAGGAGAGUGCCAGAACUCACACUCAAACUCCAACACCGCCUUCGAAUCUAGCUCCUGUGAACCCAAAUCCGAAUCCAGAACCGGAGCCGAGUGCGCAGGUUGAUCCAUCUCCACCUGCGCAGCAACCACCAGCAGCUCCAGCUCCACCAGCAGUAUCUCAGUCAGCUGCUGUAAUAUCUUCUGUGGUUUCGCUGACUCAUAGUCCAGAGUUGCCAGAUAAUCACACUCCUAUUAUAGAAGCAGAAGCAGCACCGGCACCGGCACCAGUACCAGCAGGUUUAAAUGGAAGCUGUAGCAGUAGUACCAGCUCAAGUGGCAAUGGCAACGGCGGCAGCAGCAGCAGUGUCUUUGCUAGUUUAUUUGCUUCAUCAACUGCAUCUAGAAGCUUACAGCCUCCUCAAACUCCAGCAUUUGCAGGCCUAAUCCAGGUCACGGCUCACCCUGAUCGCCCAGCAGAUCUUGCUGCUUCAUCGUCAAUUGAACCCAUUUCUCUUUGCCUCUCCUCCAAUCAUGGAUCAUCGAUAUUUGGUACUGCUGGGCAAGAGCGUAGGCAGUAUGCACCUCCACCUCAACCAGCAAUGUCUGCCACUGCACUAUUACAAAAAGCUGCUCAAAUGGGGGCUACUGCUACUAAUGUAUCAUUGCUCCGUGGUUUUGGGAUUGUAUCAUCAUCAUCAUCUUCACAGCAAGACAAUAUGCCAUGGGGACACAGGCAAGUAGAGCCUGAGAAUACCUCAGUCGCUGCUGGGCUGGGACUAGGCUUACAUUGUGAUGGAGGUUCUGCAUUAAAGGAAUUGAUGAUGGGAACUCCUUCUGUGUUUGGUCCUAAGCAAACUACCCUUGAUUUUCUUGGAUUGGGGAUGGCUGCUGGUGGAAGCCCUAGCAGUGGCCUAUCAGCUCUGAUUACAUCUAUCGGUAGCGGUCUGGAUGUAGCUGCUGCAGCCGCUUCCUUUGGAGGCGGAGAAUUCACAGGCAAAGACAUGGGAAGGAGCUCUUGACCUUGUCUGGGAAAGAACUAUUGUUUCCCAAUUUUGAUUUGGGUAAUGUGUACAUUGUACAGAGCAUCUGGUUCAGGGCAAUUGAUUUUGCAGAAGAACAAGGAUAAAAUAUUAAAUUUUUACAUAAAGAAUUGCCCUUAUGGAGGUAAGCAUCAGGUCAUCAUGGGCAGUUGGUAUUUUUAAAUUGUUAGUGUUGCCUUGAUGAUGCAGAGUUGUGAUAAGACAAAAUGCAAAGGCCUUUUCUUUCCUCAUCUAUGUAUUGCGGGCUUAAUUUAUUCACUGAAUGUCAAGGUCACCUGAGCUGAAUUAUUUACAUCAAGCUGUUUCUCUUAUACAUGCAAAUAUCUGCUGUGCCCUUAUCAGCUUUAGACCUGAAUGGAUGAAGUAUGAAUAACUUGUUGCUGUGGGGGUUGAAAAUCAGACAUGGGCUUUGCAUCUUGCUGCUGAUAGUUGCUUAAGUUGAUCUUGUAAUUGUCUAUAUUUAAAUUUUGCUUCUGCAAUUCCGUUGUUAACUUUUUAGAAGUGAAACCUUAAGUUAUUGUAAGCUUCUGAACUUUCAUAGCUUCAUGUCAUUAGGUUUGGAGAUCAGAUAUGAAAGAUUUGAUGUUUUUCUGCUAUAAUAAGAAACAAUGUAAGUGAGGGACUCUUGUUGUGUA